GAUUUGGCUUUACAGUAUCCAUAUGAAUAUUGGAUGGAAGUGCAUACAGGGCACCUUACAACUAGGUCGCUUCUAAACCUUACUUUACCAGGUGCGCACAAUGCCGGCAAUACACUAUUGCUGAAUCAGAACCGGAUGUACCAACCCGGAAGUCAAUGGGACGAUUUCAAGGAUUACAUUGCCGCCACCAGAGGCGCGGAUUCCGUAAGUAAAGUGACGGAAGGCCGGUUUCACAGCGCGAACCUACGGUGGAAUGUGAACCACCACGAGGGAUUUAAAGAACAGCUUAAGGGGGGUAUCAGAUACUUCCACUUAAAACUGUGUCAUCUAGGCUCACAGUCACAGACACAGCCGGAUGUGUCGGCAGAUGCCGAGGAGGGAGAGGUGCGAGAAGGACAAAUGGAAAGUGCGCGCAGGAGGCGGGUAGAAGGCAGCGAGGAUAGGGAAAGCGAGGAACAACCAGACGCCGAAAAGAAGCAGACGGGGGGUACGAAUAGCUGGUACGGUACUUUAGACACGUCCCAGAUCUACCACUGCCAUCGCGGGUACACGGGCAUGUCUCUGGUGGACAUGUUUGACAUAUUGGGCGAGUUUUUACUAUCGCAUCCGAAGGAAGCUGUUGUUCUGGGGUUCAAUGAUCUGUCGGGCUUCGAUGCAUCGCAAGAAGAGAAUCUAGCGAAGUUUAUCUCACAGCGGUUUUAUGAAAUUUUAGUUCGCGACUGGUCGCGGAUGACGAGGACUAGUCUGCAUGUGUUAUAUCAGACGGAUGAGCGUCUUGGCGUAUUCUACGGGCCACAAUUGGAGACAUACCCUCACGGUAUCAUUCCCAGUUCGGGCCACUUGCAAGAGUCGUGGGACAAAGAUAUCGGAAGCAGUGGCGAUCUGGAAGCGUAUUCCGAAUGGGUGGCCGAAGAUCUGGGCAAAUACGCUUCCCAGCAUUCUCACUUCUAUGUGACUCAGAACAAUCCAAACAAUAACGUCAACGCCACAUUUGACGCGGUUUACGAUCGCAUCACUGGAGAAACCACCUAUCAUAAAAGCGCAAGAUCCGAAGAAGCCGAUGAUCAGAAUGCGAACAGUACACUAAUCGGGUUUUCAUAUGUCAACCCAAACUCGGGGUUGCCUUAUGCAUCGCUGUAUGAAUGGGAGUAUGAGUACAUGCGCAAUCUACCGACGUUCAUGUUCCGGGAACUUUCCCAACACGAUCACAUUAUGGUGAAUGCGAUCAGCACAGAUUUUAUGCAUGCGGCGAGGACGGUUGAGUUGUGUUUGUACUUGAUGAGGAUUCAUUCAUAGUGUAGCAAUGCGGAUAUAAUCAUAGUGUAGCGGUGAUGCACAUACGGCGUACGCUUCGGGAUACAUGCAUAGUUCAUUGCUAAUGAUUUGGAUUACUGGUUGUACAGCUGUUUGUACUCGAUAAGCAUACGAUUAGAGAGCAUUACAUGCGCGAUCCGUGGCUAGACGGCUAUAAGUUAGAAGUAAUUUGGAUUGAUCUACACUGAGAUGGGUAGUCUUAGCAGCACACUGACGACACUGGAAUAGUAUAGCGAUCAUCUCAUUGGAUGCUGUAUAUAUUGCUGCGUUUUGGUUGGAAGGUGUCCGAGACCCAACACUGUCGUGCACACAGCAAUAGCCACAUGCAAGUAGAUAAUGCAUGAAAGUAGGUGUGUAUGUGUCCCGGGAAGCGGAUGUACCAGCAUGCCAAACGGAUAUAUAUAUAUAUAUAUAUAUGAGUUUGUCUGAGAAGGAGAGAUCUUGUCCCAUUACGGAAGUAUCACCUUAGAUAAGCGCGCUUCAGGAGGCUAAGGUAACGAGUCUUCGAAGGCGUACAAUCUCCGACGGUAUGUACAACCGCUUGGCCCGGCACAGCAUACAGUCAGAGAAUCAGUUGCAUCUAGCUGCAGUACUCGCUUGAUGUGAGAAUGGCAGUCCUGAAUGUCCAUACCUCAUACAAUCGCACAUUUUAGGUCUUGUUGUACCGUUGUGGCGAUUACUCCGUUGGCAUCACAUGAAAAUUGGCGCUAGGGCAGUACUGCAGUGGCGAGACCGAAUGAAUAUACAGUCUUAAAAGCAACAUUUCAUAGAUUAAAAGUUUAGAAUUAUCA